AUGAGGCGCCGCGAUGAGGACGUCUCGAGGGUCCUCAGCGCCCUAAAGUCGAGUCGUGAAUACCUGUCCUCGCUCACCGUGGCGAAGUACCUUGACGACCGCGUGACGGGACCGAGGGUCACACAGACCCUCGCCAAGCGGGCUCCCGUUGUUUUCGUAGACCCCGGCGACACGUUGGGCUCGAUACUAGACACUCUCGCGUCUCAUCGCAUCACUUCCGCCCCAGUCAUCGACCGCACGAAUGGAGCCUUCUCGGGCUUCGUCGACGUCCACGAGAUACUCGCCAUCUUCGUCCGCGCUUGCAGGAAGUGGUUGGUCCGAGGAAGCGGGUACGGUUCGGAGCUCGACAGGCCUCCCGUGACCACGAGCACGUCGGAGACGGUCGGCAUCAACCCUGGAAGGCUCAGAAACGAGGGAUACGGCGACAUGAAGGAGGCUGACCUGGUGUCAAACCUUCAGUCCACCCUCGGCGCGGGACUCUUCUCCCAGACCCUCAGGGCUGCCAGAGCGGAAAACCCGGUGCACGAACGCGGCGACGGCGAGGCCAUCUACCGCGGGUACAAGAACGCUUCCCUCCUCGCCCUGAUCAGCGGCGCGUUCUUUCACCCGCUGACGAAGCGCCCGCUCUCGCCGACGCACCCGCUCGCGUGCAACCACAGGGUGGGCGUGUACGACUGGGACCCCGCGUUUGACGACGGGUCCAAAAUCACCGACCCGAGCGAGUUUGAGAUUGUGUCCCAAUCCGAUCUCAUCCGCCACAUCCACGAGCGCAGGGACGACGUCAAGAUGACGCCCUUCUUGGAGCUCAGCGUGCGAGAGUGCGGCCUGCUCCGAUCGAGGCGCCAGACCGCCCACGCGUGGAACCAGCGAGAGGGGAACGGAAGCGGCGGUGACGGCUCCGGGUCGCCCACCGCUCGAACAGCGCACUCUCACGCCGUUCCGCCCGACCCGGGCAUCACCCUCCCAGCCCCGUACCACUACCGCGGCGUUCUUUGCGUAUCCGCCUCUGGAACCACCGCGCUCGAGGCGUUCGCGCUCAUGGACGCCGAGAGAGUGUCCGCGCUGGGAAUUUGCGACGACGAGUUCAAGAUUGUCGCCAACAUCUCCAUCAGCGACCUUCGAGGGAUGACGCCGUCGAAUAUUCAUAGGCUCUCGCUCAACGUCGAUGAGUUCCUGAGGCAGCAGAGGGGCAGCUUUUCCUUCGGUCGCGCGAUGGCCGAUAACCCCGGGCUCGAUGAAAUGAACGAGGUGGUCUGCUGCGGGAUCCACGCGACGAUCAGAGACGUGGUGGCGAGCAUGGUAUCGGCCCGGAUCCAUCACGUUUACAUCGUCAGCAGUGACGGGCACCCUCUCUCCGUCGUGACGCCGAGUGAUGUGCUGCGACUCCUAUCAGAAGAGCUCAUCGAGGGAUGA